AUCGACAAAAACAUAACGGCCAUCUUUCACAGGCAGAUACACGUGUUUAUCUGGUUCAUCGAAAAACUGUAAAACAAAUACGAUUUAAGAAGUUACGGAACUUCGGUAUUUCUUCCUGUACGGACGUCACAUGGUGUUUCGAAGGCAUGGAUGAAAAUAAUACCAUUGUUUUGAUAAAUCAACACAAACAAAAGGAAAAAUGCACAGAUUCACUUCAAUCAGAAAUAGAAGACAGUGCAAAAUUCGGUAAUGAAACGACACUGCCCACAGUCACAGAAAUAAAUAAAGGCACAGAUCAUAAUAUUCCGGCCCAUAACGAGGGAGCGGGCGUUGUUAUUAUUUGUGACAAUAUUUCAGAGUCCAAAACUGACACAGGCAAUGAGAAAGAGCACUAUAUCGAAACUUGUACAACUGAUGUUCCACAAGUUAAGACGAAAGACGAUAAAGGCACAGGUCAUAAUAUUCCGGCCCAGAACGAUGGAGCGGGCAUUGCUCUUAUUUGUGACAAUAUUUCAGAGUCCAAAGCUGUAACAGGAAAUGAGAAAGGGCAUGGUAUAGAAACUUGUACAACUGAUGUUCCACAAAGCCCAAAAAAUCAGGAAUCUGAAAUUAUGGUUUCAAUCAUUGAUGGGGAUGAGAAAACAACCCAGCUUUUAGUUCAAGUUAAGACAGAAGAUCAUAAAAAUAAUUCAGUAGUUAACAAAUCAGUUCCGAAAAAUUGUAACAUUCCACAGACUGGCACAAGUGAAAUAAAUUCGUCAGAUUUGACUGAAGUUGAUUUAAAAGUUAAAGUUGAAGAUGGUGUUGUUUGUGAUGAUCCGAUGCUUUGUCACAGAAGUGUUCCAGAUAACGAACAACUACAUGACAGUGGUACAGAAGCAGACAACAGUUCAGAUUCAUCUUCGUUAUUUAGUGACGAAGUGGUAUCAGAUAAUGACGAAACUAAACACAAACUUAGUGAGAAUAAAAUAGGAAUCGAGGUAGUGAGAACAAAAGGAGAGAUGCUACCAGAGGAUUUACCGCCUAUCGGUGAUUUAAAGAUAACAAUUCCAGAAGAUGAAAAAUUAUUAAUGUUAGGAAAAGUUUCCAGUGUUGUUGGGUUAUUAGUAGUAAUACAGAGUUCACCUAAUACCCCAGCUUUAAACGAAGAAUCUGUUUUAUUCUAUGAAAAUCGCAAUGUUUUUGGAAAAGUGUUUGAAAUAUUUGGUCCAGUGGCAUGUCCGUUUUAUUCAGUGCGGUUCAAUAACUCUGCCGAUAUAAAAAAUCAAAAUAUAGAAGUGGGUGAUCAAGUUUAUUGCGCUCCGAACUUAGAAGAAUUGACUCAAUAUAUCUUUAUUGAUCAACUGAAACAAAUGAAGGGUUCAGAUGCUUCAUGGAAAGACAACAAUGAACCACCACCAAAACAUUUAGAUUAUUCUGAUGAUGAAUUGGAAAGAAGGACCAAGUCCAAGAAACGAGAAAAGAAAAAUGAUGAGGUAGAGCAGGGAGACGACAGCAAGAUCAAUAAAACUGAAAGUAGACAAGAACGUGAGUUGUUCCAUAAAAAUAGGAAAGUGAAAUAUAUAAAUAAAAAGAAAGAUUGGGAUAGACCAAAAGCAGAUACAUUUUCAUCUGAGGGAAACACAAACAAUGUCUGGCAGUGUUGGCCACCCCCAGGAGCUGGUCCGCCACGACACCCUCCAUCAAGAUUUCAACAUCAAGGGAAUCAAAACCCUUUCAUGAUGUCCCAGAAUUUCAAUUCACCUCACAAUAAUGGUGGUCGCAUGAACAAUCAUGGUGGAAUACAAAAUACCAGAAUGAACUUUUGGCCUCAACAACCAAUGAAUUCUCAACCACCAAAUUAUGUUUCAUAUCAGAACUUUCCUCUACAAGGUAGAAUGGGUAAUCCUAAUCAAUUCUUCCCUUCUCCUCAUCCUAGCCAGAUAAAUCCUAAUGCAUAUAUGAAUACUGUACAAAAUCACCAUUACAGUCCAAGACCCGUUAUUAUGGACUCAAGAUUUGUUCAAAAUCAACAAACGAAUGAUCCACAAUUAAAUCACAGAUAAAAGAUAUUGUUUUUUUUAAGUACCGUAGUCAAAAUCUGCUGACUUGUCCCGAUUGCUAUGUGUUGGCAGAUGUUUUUCUGGGUUAGAGGCAGAAAAACUGAUAACUGUUUGUUUUUGAUUUUGGAUACUUAUGGUCAGGCCACGGAUUGCACUGAAUGAAUUUUUCUGUCUGUGGAUAAAUCUUUCAGAAAAUAACAAAGGUGUAUGAUUAAAUUCAACAGUAAUUCAACUUUCUGAACAAAAUAAUUGAUUUGGAUAUAUAAAAGAAAUGCCAAAUCUCCCUAUUUCCACAAAACAGUGCUUAGUUUCUCUAAACCACUUGUAGCCCAGAACAUCUGUCAACAUACAGCUAUUGAUAUUGUUUACAUGUAUGUAUUAUAUGAGACAAAUAAAAAGGUCCAAUAUGGUUA